AGCAGAAUUCGUGAUAGCCAUCUGGAGAAGGGAGAAGAAGAAGAUGGUGCAGAGUGACCAGAUGAGGAACAGAGUUUUGGGGUUCCGGCCGGACAGCAGUAGCAGUAGCCGCAGCCGCGGCCGCCGCCAUGGCCAGUUCUCUAUCCUUCAGCAAAAUCCCAGGUGAAGAAGACUUCGACGAGUAAUUUUGUGGGAAUUGUACGACAACAUCAGUGCGGAAUGCCAUGGACAUGGAAAGGCUUGUUCAUCAGCCUCCCCGAC